ACCAAAAAAAAAAAGAAAAACUCAUUUGACAUUCGAAAUUAUUUGCUUUGAUUAUUGCCUGGACUCUUUUCCAUUUUCACAAAUAAAACUCCAAAAAAACCAAGUUUUUCUCCUUCUUGAAUUGAUUAUCAUCAGGGAAAAUGAUUCGUCAAUAUCGUGCAUUUGAAGAUAUGGAAGAACCUUGUUUUCUUGUACCAGAACCAGAAUGGAUAACAGUUACAUAUCAAAUGAAAUCAAUUAUUUGUCAAUGGCGUUGGGAUGAAAUUCGUGAAUUGAUAACAAAAAAUUUAUCCAAACCAAUAAAGAAAAAGAAACAGGAUCUGAUCGAUUCUGUUAAUAAUGGCCAUCAUCAUGGUGGUGGUGGUGAUAGUGAAUCAUUAAAAGAUUUACGUCAUUCACAGAUACAGAUUCGUCCACCACCACCAUCAAAUUCAGUACCAGCAUCACCUGAUUUACGUAUAAAUAAUUCAAAACAUCAUCAUCAUCAAUUACAACAAUAUAUACCAUCAACACCGCAUCAUCAUCACCAUAAAGAUCCGGAUAAAAUUUUAAAGAAAAAUUUAUUAAAAAUAGAAUUUCUUAAAAAACCAAAUGAUGAUACUCAGCAACCAUUGCCAACAACAACAACAACACAGCCAUUAAAACCUAAAUGGUAUCGUUUUGAUUCAAGAGAAAUUUUGGAUGAAUUUUUAUUAGAUGCUAAUAGUCAUGGUUAUAUUGAACGUCUAGUCUAUAAAAAAUGGUUUAUGACCAAAGUCAAAUAUGUUCCAUUAUGUCAUCGACAAAUUAAUAAUGAUAAUCAAAAAAAUCAUCAUAAUUUAUCAACAGAAUUAUCAUCAUCAUCAUUGUCAUCAUUGACCAAUGAUAAAAAACAAAAAAAGAAUGAUAAACAACAAUCAUCAACAACAACAAAAAAUUUUACCAAAAACAACAAACAAACAAAAAAUGGCCAUAAAAAUUCGAUAAAGAUGGAUGUUUAAACAGGCAGCAGCAGCAGCAAAGCAAACUUUGUUUUUUCCUAUUGCGAAAAUUCUCACUUUAUUCAUUAUAAACCUUAAACACAAAAAAAAACAAAACAAAUGUGACAUGUGAUUUUUACCUUUUUUUUUAUUGUUGUUGCCAUUAUCAUCAUCAACACCUUAAGAUAACCAUACAAAAAUUACACAUAGAAAUCUUGAUUUUAGUCAUAUAUAUCCCACAUCCAAAAUAAACUAUACAUGUUGAUGAUGAUGAUCAAAAAAUCCAUUCAUUCUAUAUCAAAAUCUUUUUACUUUACUUUUAAUCUUUGG